AUGUCUUGGGGCUGCAGGUGCACCUUCAUCCACUCCUCUCACCUGCAUCUCCUUGAGCACAAGGUGCACCUGCAGCCCCAAGACAUGUCCUGCUACAGCCCGUGCCGGCCCUGCCAGCCCUGCGGCCCCACCCCGCUGGCCAACAGCUGCAAUGAGCCCUGUGUCAGGCAGUGCCAGGACUCCACCGUGUUCAUCCAGCCCUCUCCUGUGGUGGUGACCCUGCCUGGCCCCAUCCUCAGCUCCUUCCCACAGAACACCGUGGUGGGAUCCUCCACCUCGGCUGCUGUUGGCAGCAUCCUCAGCUCUCAGGGAGUGCCCAUCAGCUCCGGGGGCUUUGGCCUCUCUGGCUUGGGCAGUGGCCUCUGUGGCACGAGGUGCCUCCCCUGCUGAAGCUGCUGCCGCUGGCCCUGGGCAAGGAACCCAGGGACUCCCAGGAUGGAACCGCCCUGGGCACGCAGC